UCACAUUACUCACGUGAAGUUUUUCCUUUCACGUGCGUAACAUUAGACGGACUAGGUGGAAUCGCAAUAUUUGUAAGUGUAAUGUCUUUUUUUAAGUGUAGCAACGCACAAAUGAAAUGGCAGACUUAUGAAGUGGCCAAAAUCUGAAUGAUCAAAGUCCGGCAGACCUGGGUAGUGCUGAUCCUGUUGAACAAGUGUUGAUGUACCGUAACACACAUUACACAGACCUGAAUAACUUGUUGGUGACAACCCGUCAUAGAACUACUAAUAGCCAGCGACACCUUUGUGCAAAAUACCGGGCAAGACGAUGGCACGGCAAGCCUGGGAUGGAUGUCACCAGGCUUCUGAUGUUUUUGGCAAACUCAGCCGGUAGCCACCGAUAACGGAAGAUCCCGACGCCGUGAAGGUCCGGGACAACUUUGUUUUCCUGAUGUGCAAGAGGUCGAGGACAGCUGAUUCAUGCCUCCUACUCAAGCUGCUCCUUUCCAGCAAGUAAAGCUUGCUGCAGGUCGAUCAACCAGAAGCACAAAGUACGGGCGACUAGAGGUGGAUGAAGAGAGGCCAUCCCUAAAAAUGACAUCCAGUUUGAAAGAUAUGUGGUUAAUGGAAUUUAUUGAAAAGGAUUACCCAAGAAAUAACCGUAAAACAUCAAAAAUGUAGAGGCUCCUGUUCAGAUCAGAAAGACACUGACAGGUUUAAAAGAUGACCACUUCAUGGAGUGACAGACUGCAGAACUACGCCGACUUACCCGCCAACAUGGAUGGUGUGUCGAUGAAAAAAUACAGAAGAGAGCCGUACCACAGAGUGUUUGUCAACAGAAGCUUGGCAAUGGAGAAGAUUAAAUGCUUUGGCUUUGACAUGGAUUACACUUUAGCAGUGUACAAGUCCCCAGAGUACGAGUCACUGGGUUUCAAGCUCACGGUGGAGCGCCUGGUUUUCAUUGGUUACCCCAAGGAGCUGCUGAGCUUUGUCUACGACCCAUCGUUCCCCACCAGGGGUCUUGUUUUUGACACCAUGCAUGGAAACCUGCUAAAGGUUGACGCCUACGGUAAUAUUCUGGUCUGUGUCCACGGAUUCAACUUCCUCCGAGGGCCUGAGAUCCGGGAACGUUACCCAAACAAGUUCAUCCAGAGAGACGACACGGAGCGCUUUUAUAUCCUUAACACACUCUUCAACCUGCCAGAGACCUACCUCUUUGCUUGUCUUGUGGAUUUCUUCUCCAACUGUGACAGAUACACCAGCUGUGAAUCCGGCUUCAAGAAUGGCGACCUCUUCAUGUCCUAUAAGAGCAUGUUCCAGGACGUCCGCGACGCCGUCGACUGGGUCCACUUCAAGGGUACACUGAAGGCCAAGACCGUUGAGAACUUGGAGAAAUAUGUAGUGAGAGAUGGGAAGCUGCCUCUUCUUCUCAGCAGAAUGAAUGAAGUAGCCAAGGUGUUCUUGGCUACCAACAGUGACUACAAAUACACUGACAAAAUCAUGAACUACCUGUUUGACUUCCCCCACGGGCCCAAGCCUGGCACCUCCCACAGGCCCUGGCAGUCCUACUUCGAUCUGAUCCUAGUGGACGCCAGGAAGCCGCUGUUCUUCGGAGAGGGUACGGUGCUCAGACAAGUGGACACGACAACGGGGCGUUUGAAGAUAGGAACCUACACAGGCCCUCUGCAGCAUGGCAUAGUCUACUCCGGCGGUUCCUCCGACAUUGUGUGCGACCUGCUGGGGGCCAAAGGAAAGGACAUAGUCUACAUAGGGGACCACAUCUUCGGAGACAUCCUCAAGUCCAAGAAACGCCAAGGCUGGAGGACGUUCCUGGUCAUACCCGAGCUGGCCCAGGAGCUGCACGUGUGGACCGACAAGAGCUCAUUAUUUGAGGAACUGCAGAGUCUGGACAUUUGCUUGGCAGAACGCUACAAACAUCUGGACAGCAGCAGUAACGAAAGGCCAGACAUCAGCACGCUUCAGAGUAAAGUCAAGAAAGUGACACACGACAUGGACAUGUGCUACGGCAUGAUGGGAAGCCUCUUCCGCAGUGGCUCCAGACAGACUCUGUUUGCCUCUCAAGUGAUGCGUUACGCCGACUUGUACGCAGCCUCCUUCAUCAACCUACUGUACUACCCCUUCAGCUACCUCUUCAGAGCCGCACACGUGCUGAUGCCGCACGAGUCGACGGUGGAACACGCCCACGUGGACAUCGACACGGAGUCGCCGCUGGCCACACGCAACCGCAGCCACUGCAGCGACUGCAAGGACCUGGGCUGCAAACGCAACCAGCUGACCCGCUCCUUCAGCGAGAUCAAACCUCCCAACCUGUUCCCCCAGACUCCCCAGGAGAUCACCCACUGCCACGACGAGGACGAUGAUGAGGAGGAGGAGUAACCGUAUGCUGGACAAUACGGAGCGUUUCUGCCUCCUCGUGUUUGCCAGCAGAGUUGGUUAGUUAUCUCUCUCAGAGUGAGGCAGGAGGUGUGUGUGUGUGUGUGUGUGUGUGUGUGUGUGUGUGUGUGUGUGUGUGUGUGUGUGUGUGUGUGUGUGUGUGUGUCAAUACUGUAUGCACACAAACAAAAACACGCAUACAGGAGAUUUCACAAGUAAUAAAAAUGGACCAGUUCUCAAAAAGGAGUCCAUGCUCGUCCUCUAUGAGCCAAUCUAUGCUAGCUUCAUUAUACAACUUUUAUUUUAUAUUUUUCAUUCAUUUAAUUUCCGUUUAAUUUACCCAUCAGACAGACAAAACAUUGCACAAUGUUUUAGAAUCUGACUUUUAGGACUUUCUGGUGGACUAAAUAGAUGCAGUCACGUUCUCCAUGCAAUCCAUCAGAUAUGAAUUGGUAAAGUGCAGUUUUAGUACCAACUUUGCUGAUUAUAACUAAACAAAAAGCACUGAUACUGUUUUAAAACACUGUUUUUUAUGCAACAUGGGAACAACACAACUUUUUUUUCAAUUUUUUCUAGUAGAGUUUUGUCUGUUUAACUAGUUCUGUGUUCUAACUUGUGUGUAAGGAUGUGUGUGUGUCUCACACGGUGCGCUCCAUCCUCAGUGACGAUAAGCUAAGAAUCUGUGGUACUACACUGGAGCACAGGGGCCCUGAAGCACGAGAGUUUGAAGUGAUCUCUUUUGAGUGUGCAAUAGGAGCGGGAAAGCGGCCUCAGAAUGCAAAGAAACUAGGCAUAUUGUAGAAUGUAUGGUAAAACUAAAAGCUCCUUGCUUAGCUUGCUUUGUUUAUCUUCUUGGUUUUGGGGUUGGUGGGUUUUUAUUUUUUUAAUUGCUCACCCUGACAUGUAGGCAUCGUCCACUGGGGGAAACACAUCGAUAGAGCGUGUUCUUCUCGUGGGACACUUAACACUGUGAAGUGACUAUUUCGUUAUUGUGUUCUAGCUGUUUUCAUUUGAAAACUGGAUAGAAAUCCAAGUGCACUAAUAAAUUAACAUGAGGUUUAAAAACGAUUAUUGUGAAUGGCGCCCUCUUAUGGACGUUGUCUCGCUCCGCGCUCAUCUUCUGCAAAAAGUUUAUAAAGUCAAUAUCAAAUAACUGCGGCAGCUAGAGAUUAUUUCUGAGCCGACAGAAAGACGGACGUUUUUAUACCUCAUGUGAGAUAAAAGUGAAGAGAGAACAGUGCUGAUGGAGAGGAUGCACAGGAAACACUGGUGUGUCCAUUUGUUCCAGUUCAACAUGUGUGUCUAUCGUAAAUGCAUCAGUGUUACUAUGCAGAACACAACGAAAGCUGCCUGAAUUUUUAUUCUUUUCUUUCCCCUUUUAACAAGUGUAUUCUGCAUGUUAACCUUCCUCAACGGUUUUUAUCUUUGGUGGUUGACCUGCUGAAACAGUCCCCUAAGUGUUGGACCGGCCUGAUGUUUUAGGCCAUAAAAGGGAAGAAACAUGACAUUUGAUUUUUGCAUCAUUUUCUUUUUGGCUUGAUGUGGUGAAAAGAUGAAUGUGUUUCUCUCUCUGUGGGGAUUUAUCGGCUAAAAUUAUAUUUCCUUUACUUUUCGAAAUGAAAUAUUCUCCAUUAUUGAUUCUGUUUAUUAAAUAUGGAACUCGAUGUGCUACAUCCGGCAGCCAAUUUGGCAAAAGGAAAUAGUCAACCGUUUCCUAAGAAAUAAGAAGCACAUUUCUUGGGGUAGUUCGGGUACUUUUGGUAGUAUUGGUUUCAUUUUAUGUCAUUAUAGUUUAUCCAAAGACAAAAAACUGUUCAAAUGAAAAAGAAUAUAUAAUAAGAAUAAUAUAGUAAGUAAUUAAACUAAUAUACUAAUUGUAAUCCAUACCAUGGGGUUAUUUGUUAUUGUUCACGACUACGGUUUAAAUGGUCUUGGUUUACAGAACUGUAAAUAUACAUUUAGUUUUCAUCAAACUAAAGCCUUGUUUUAAUGAGCUUUAGAAGAUUUGUAUACAUUAUCGUGAUGCCCCACAUGCGUCCGCGGUAACAGAUGCCACAAACCAUAGUAAUCCUUUUCUUUUAUUGCAUACUGAUGUUUUAUUGCAUACUGAUGUUUUAUUGCAUACUGAUGUUUUCCUGAACAAUGUUUUGUUUGUUUGAUUCCAGAAAAUAUCCUGCACACUGUACAUUGAAGUAAAUUACAUAAAAAUGUAAAGUAAAGAGUAUUUCAUAA